AUGUUUACUGAUGACAACUCUCAUUCAACAGAAUUGGUAAUAUCGACACAACCACUUAGUUUGAACACGAGCAAAUCAGCGAAGAAACUGAAUCUACCUAGAAGCUCACAUAAAAGUGUUAUUGAUGCAUUUAAUGAAUCUAUAGGUGAACUUGAUUAUACAGAAACUCAAUCUGAUGAAAAAAAAGACACAAUCCAUGACGAUAUUCGAAGUUAUCGAAAAUACGUAACUGAAUUUAAUUCAGCACAUAAAACAGACGCAACGUCAUCAGCAUUAUUUUGGCAAACCUAUGCAAACGGUUUUCCUAAUUUGGCAAAGCUAGCGAGAAAUUAUUUAAGCACUCCGGCAACAUCAGUACCAAGCGAAACCUGUUUCAACUUAGUAUUUGACAAGCGAGAUUUUUUGUUUCGUGAUGUACCUAAAAAUAUACGUGAACAAAUACAAUUGGAUGAAGAAGCCAAGUAUAGUGUAACAGAUAUGCGUACAGCAGGUGAUAUUUCCGAUUUCAUUGCGAAACUAGAUGGCUUAAAUAAUGAUUAUAGUGUAAUCACGGAUGGAACCGCUUGUGCUGGUGGUAAUACAAGUUCGUUUUAAACGCACAAAAGUAAUGACAUCAAUACUAGUAUUGUAAGACCAAUUGAUAAAUCAACUUAUGAAGACAUUGCUACUGCUGCUGCUGUCUAUGCUACCAAAUAUUAUGACAACUAUGAUUGCAUACCUUAUGCGUAUGAUCGUGCCUAUGACGCUGCUCUUGCUGCUGCUUGUGCUGGUGUUAGUGCUGCUAAUAUCGCCGCCAUAGCUGCGUAUUAUGAUGCUACUGUUGAUUUUACACACGCUAACGAUUAUGAUGAUCCUCAAGCCAUUAAUGUCUAUCUUAGUUGUGCUCAUUCUCAUAAUUAUUAUAUUGGUGAUGAUGAUGACCAUGGGGCUAAUAAUACUGAGGUAACGGAUGAAGGUGAUAUUCUUGUCGGUGUCGACAAUAUAUAUGACGCAAAAUGUGCAGGCGUUAUCGACAGCUCUGUACUGGAUGCUGCUGUAAAUGCGUCUAUCGAUGACGAUGACUUUUGA